AUGUUGACUUAUUUGUGAAUAUAUAAUAGCACUAAGUUCGUGCUCUGAUUAUCAUUAUUAUUAUUAAUAAAAACAAUAUGAUGAUUCAUAUCGCGAGUUACUGUAAUGUUGACAGAUUUCAUAAUGACAGAGAGAAGGAAAGAUAAGAAAUAUUAUGGGAUGAGAAGAGACGCAGAGAGCCAGAGAAAUUUUCUGAAAACUUGGUGCCAAUCUGUAUCAUUUAUGUGAAAACUAUGAAAUGAUUCAUUUUAUUUCUCCGAUUUUUCUUAAAAUUUUAGAAUUUUAGAUCUUUCGACAUGAACAACGAUACAUUGGAUGCUAGACUUUUGCAAAUCGAAAACGAUUUUUUGAAGAAAAAGAGUUCGAGAGCUCGAAGAGCAGGUUAGACUGUAAGUGGAAUAUUCCUAGGUCCCAAAAAUUGCAAAAAAUUAAAAAUAAAACAACGAGACUCCGCGUUGACGUUCCGCGCUUUGUGUUUUUUUUUUCAAUGGCCUUCCAUAUUUCGGCGAAUAAUUAUCGAAAUAUUCUGAAUUUUUGCACUGAACUAGACUAUAGUUAAACUAAGCUAAAUCUAAGAUCCUUGACAACGAUUUUUCAGUUUUAAAUUGCAUUUUUCAGUCAAAAACUAAAAAAAACACAAUUUCCCUAGAAAAUUCAGUUUUUUCUGAAAAUAUUGGAUUUUACUGUUUAAACUAAUUAAUUUUAUUUUUUCAUCCCCAAAAAAUAGUUUUUUUGAUGCAAAUUUUCAUUUUUUCCCCACAAAAAAUAAAAAUAAAACAACGAGACUCCGCGUUGACGUUGCGCGUGUGGUUUGAAAUUUAUUUGUUUUCAAUGGCCUUCCAUAUUUUGGCGAAUAAUUAUCGAAAUAUUCUGAAUUUUUCAACGAACUAGACUAUAGUUAAACUAAGCUAAAUCUAAGAUCCUUGACAACGAUUUUUCAGUGUUAAAUUGCAUAUUUGGGUCAGAAAUUCAAAAAAAAAACACAAUUUCCAUAAAAAGUUUAGUUUUCCAUUCAAAAUAUUGGAUUUUACUGUUUAAACUAAUUAAUUUUAUUUUUUCAUCCUCAAAAAAUAGUUUUUUUCAUGCAAAUUUUCAUUUUCCCCAAAAAAAAAAUAAAACAACGAGACUCCGCGUUGACGUUGCGCGCGUGGUUUGAAUUUGUGUUUUUUUUUCAUAUUUCGGUUUUUCAUCGAACUAGACUAUAGUUAAACUAAGAUCUAGGAAAAAAACACCAAAAUCUAAUAUUUGCAGCUUGGAUGCUGAUACUUUUGAAAUCCUCGGCCACUACAUCAAUUAUUUGGAACGUUUGGCGAAAUGUGGAGAGAAUGAGAGAAAAAGAGAAUUGGAGUGUGAUCAAAUCCGCCGCGAAAACGCCGUUCUGAAAGCAAUUCACGCUCCAAUCGCCAACAUUUCAAGCAUCGUUGGAAAAUUUGGGGCAACUUUGACAAAUAUUCUGAAGAGAAGAGGCCCGAAACUUGUUGGAAAUAGAAGAUUCAGAAAUUUGGAUGAAAUUUGCAUUGAUCUCAAGAGAGUUCUGACUGAUUUCGAAGUUCAUCAUAAUGUUGGAAUGCUCUAUUCUUUUCGGGUUUUUGACAUUCGUCAAAUCCCAUAUUUUUGCUCGAUUUGCUAUGGUGGAAAUCCUGAAGUUGGAAGAGAUCCCUCAAUCUGCCAAGUCUGUUCCAACAUUUUUCAUGUCACUGUAAGUAAGAUCUAGAAUAUUCUUAGAGAAAAAAAAUCAAUUUUUUCUGCAGUGCCUCAUGCAAUGGUUCCAAUUUUGCCCAACUUGCCCAUCAUGCGCAAAGUCAUACGAAAAUAUCAUUCUUUGA